AUGGUAUCUGUCCUGUCUAGUCCUGAGCAACAUGAGGACUAUUUCGACAACUUUUUCACCUCUUACGGUCUCCUGACGAAACUGGCUGACGAAGCAAUAAGAGCGACGGGGACUGUACGAGAAACAAGAAUGGGAAGUUGUCCGCUGAGGAGCCAGAAAGACAUCGCACAAGAGGAGAGAGGAGCUUUCGACUACAAGCGUGACGGAUGGAUCCUUCACUGCGAACUUCACAAGGGCACAGAUGCCGCCAUGACGCACCUAGCUUUCACGCGGGACGUCGCCAUGUCCCUGCUCCACCUGAAGCAGAAACUCGCCCUGCGACCUGGACUUCGGGUUUAUUCCAGCAUCUCGGAAAUGAAUACUGACGGUCACUACAUUUUCUGCGCUACACAAGAAAGGUGCGCGGAGUGA